AUGUUCCAGCAACUUAUUUGGUUAGAAGACGGCAUUCUGUUGUGCCGGAAGCCGUUAUUUGGGAAAAUCAUGGGGAGGCUAAAAGUGAAGCAGAAUGGCUCGUCAGCCUCAACUGGAGCAGUACCUUCCACAGUACAGCAACAAAAAGUUGAUGCUGGUGUUAAUAUAGAUUACAAAAUUGAACAGGCUAUGGAUUUGGUAAAAACUCAUUUAAUUUAUGCUGUUCGUGAUGAAAUUGAAUUACUUAAAUCUAGAAUUGUUGAAUUAGAAUCUAAUGUUUUCCAUCUAGAAUCAGAAAAUGCAAAAUUACGUGAACAUAUACCUAAAGAAGUUUUAGCAAAUAUUUGUUUUGAUAAUCUACAACAACAAUUUAAUAAACAAAAAAUUUUAUUUUCAAUUAACAAUAUUGCCUCAAAUAAAUAA